AUGAAGAGGUGUCCGUGGUGCUACUCCUCUUUUCAUCGUGUUCCGUUCGGGCGGCGCACGGCGUCGGGCGGUAUCAAUUUCAACAAGGGCCUGCUCACCUCGCGUGAGCGUGGCGACCCGUUUACAGAGCCGGAGGUGUAUCGCAAUAAGGCGAAUAUUACGGCCGUCAGCCGAGUUGCGCGGAAGACGGAGACACUUCUCCGUGAGGAACAACAAAAGAAAGAGAUGGGUGCGUUGGGUAUCGACUCAUGCAUAGAGCGCGAGCUAUAUAAUGGGACUGCGCCGCCGCUGCACAAUAAGACGAUUGCCGCUGUGCGGGCAGUUGACGAGCGGGAGAUGAUGUCAUCACCCCCAGGCAGCGAAUACACGACAGUGCUCCGUCAGCUGAUGGAGAGGGAAGUUGAGCGUCGGGAUCAUAUGAUGGACAAGUUUGGGCAGCCGCCAACAGCAAAAGAGUUCCACCAUUUGUUCAAACAGUUGAGACACGCGGACGAUGAGGCAGAGACGAUUGAACGACACCAGGCACGUCUGGUGGAGGAGUGCGGUAUAUACCCUCCCAUGCGCCUGGAUGCGUACAUGCUUGACGAUGCUUCAUACUUCCCGGCAUGGGUGGACGCGCUGCCGUACAGCAUACGCGAUCGUGUGAAGUACGGAUCCCUCGGACUGACAGAGGAGGAUGAGUCUCUGCGCGUGACCCUCGGUCGCAUGCCCUUGGAUAGGCGACGGAAGGAGUGGGAAAGACACAAGAAGGCAAAGGAGUACAAGGUGGCUAAGGAGGAGACACUAACUCUGGCUGAACUGCGCAGUGCUAGACAAGGCAAGCGCCGUUUUCAUUGGCUUCAACGAAAUCGUCAGAAGCGAGCAUCACAGCUCAGGAGGCUUGCACUGCGUAAGCCAGAUGCUUUUGAGUUGUGGCCGUCAAGCGUGGUUGAUUACAGUCAACGUAUUGCCUUCAUUGCUCAGCAUGUUGAAAAUGGCUUGGACACAAAGGGCCAGUGGCCUUUGGAUCCUGAAGAACUGGCACGCGCACGUGUGCGACGCAGUCAAGAAGAAGCUGAACGAACGUUUCUCUUGGGUGCUGAGGAACAGAAGGCAACACGAAAGGCAGGCAGUGGGGUCAGGGAUAACAGCAUCUUGCAAAUGUUGCACACACUUGACGCACCUGAAAAGCCCUUUAAGCGACUCUCGCGCAAGGUGUAUGCCAACCGCGUGAACGCCAUCGUGCACGGUGAUCAGGAUGAGUACGGCCGCAAGUAUCGAAAGAUGGAGGGUCGCGCUAAGCGGCGCAUGCGGCCGUACGGCUCGCUGGGAGAGAUUGCCCUCGAGAAGGAGGUGCGAAAGGAACCUCGUGCUCAUUCCAGAGGUCUGAAUCGUGUUGACGACGAACACUGGCCAAAGCAUACCAAAUCAUGGGCAGAUGGCAUGCCGUCCACACGGUACGCGUCAUGA